AAUAAUCUAUCAACAUGGAUCAUUAUGUCGGCAAAUCGCGAACCUUCCACAUGGAUGUUCCUAUAAAGUAUAAAAGAAAGGUUUGAAUGACACAUUGUACAAUAAUUUAUCUAUCUUAAUCGAAUUAUUUGCGUGGCUUGAUGUGUGUACCUGGAUAUAUUAUUAUGACCGUAAAAAGAGACAAAAAGUCACAAUGCGUUCAGGAAAAUGUUUAAUGAACGUAUAUGAUCGUGUUUUGUAACAUAUUUUAUUUACAUUUGAUGUUAAAAAUGGAAAAGUACUGUAUUAAAUCGCAAAGCGAUAAGGUAUUUUGAAAAACAACUAAUCCUAAAGAAACAAAAGCAAAGCUUUUUCUCAAGCAUUUUUAUUCUUUGUUGUCUUCAAAUUAUAUAAUAAUUAAUAGGAGACACAAUUCGACUGACGCAUAAAAAAUGGGAUUCUUGAGAUUAAAAUUAUAGCUUUAAAAAGAGUUACUACGUAUAAAAACAAUACACACAAAAUACGUAGUGGUACUAUUAUACAGUUAAGUAUUCAUUUUAUAAAAAUGAAGGUAAUCAUUAAAACUUAGUAUCACAUUUAUAUCUGAAAUAGUAUUAUCUUCUUUUAUAUAAAAACAAGAGAAGAGCUCUAGUUUUCUGCUAAAUGCAAUUAUAGGCCAAGCAAAAUUAAGAUCUUGUUUCUCUCCUGUUUUAUAGAGCAUUUUUUUGUGUCUUAUCAUUUACCACAGCAACGUUGAUUAAUGUCCUUUAAUCUAACGAAUUUCACUGAAUUAACAAUGGUAAAACGUCGCACUUAACGUUUGGUAGCAAAUUAUAUAAGCGUAAUAUUAUUAUUGUUAAUCUUAUAGAAAUUUGUAGCAUUUUCGGUUUCUAACCGAACUUCGUAAGUUAGACAAAUUGUUUUUUCACACAGUGAUUUGACCGGGAAAUCUUUCUGUGGAAAGAAAUUUGAUUUUGUACGCUUCGUAAUCGUAUUGCUAAUGUCAUAUUGUUAUAUGCAAUAUUUUGGAAUAUUUGUAAUUGUUGCACGUAUCAACAGUUUUCUGUCUCUCUUCCGAUCAUUUUCUUUUCAUUUCCACACAGUUUUUCCUUUUUCGUUUUUUUUUCUUUCUUUCUUAUCUUUACCGUACUCUAAAGUAUUAAAUCUUCGACGAAGUAAUGACUAAUUUGAUCGAAAUGUGUAUCUUUUUAACUUCAUACGCGGUACACAGAACAAAAUAUUGCAGACAUAAAUUAUGUUUCGACCAGAAGACUUCAAACAUAUGAUUUACUAAUUGUUAUUUACGUCAUGCGUUUAUAGUUGUACACGAAUUAAUAGCAUCGACAGAGUACAAGUUAUUUCUGAUGAACGAUGAACGACGGGGAUUUGAGGGAAUGUGAACGGAGUGGGGGCGGCAGUGGAAGAAGUAAAAUAGGGAGAAAGUGGAAAGAAUUUUUGCGAACGCAUAAGUAUGAUAUCGAGGUGCUUCAACGCUAGUUGCAUAGCAGCGUUGUAACAUGUUGUUACACAAUAAUAGAGUAAUAUGCGUCAGACAUCUCGUUAGAUUUAUUUCUUACUCCGUCAAUAGUGAUAGUCUUUCAAUUCACGUAGAUACAUACAUGCAUUCAUACAAUACAUAAAUCAUAUAUGUAUAUAUAUGAUUAGUAGAUAUAAUUAAAUAUCGUAUACACUAGUGUACGAUUUCGAAGGAAGUAAAUUAAUCAAGAUUAAUACAUUAUAGCUUCGAAUACAACUUAUCGCGCAAAUGUACUAAAAGUGCGUAUUGAUGAAGAUUCAAAGGGAUUAAACUAACUAAACUAUAAGAUUUACGAAUGUAUAAAGAAAAUAUUUACAUAUAGAUUAAUUACAUGAUAUCGUCGAACAAUAUGUAUCAGUAAAUAAGGAAUGGCGAGAUAUGUAUAAUCCAGAUUUGAAAACAGAAAAACGAAUACAAGAAUAAUGUAACAACGGUGAAUAACAUGGAUUUUUGAAAAGUCAUUUUUAUAUACAUUGCACGACUUGCAGAUAGAAAUAAUGUAUCGAAAGUAAUGGGAAGGAAUCAAUCAUCGAGUACCUUGUUGUACUAUUGUUCUUCCUGAUACCUUUUAUGUAUCAAUACAAAUAAACAGAUGUAAUUAUUCUACGAAACAUUUCUCUUUAUACGUAUACUUGUACUUGUCUGAAUAGUUAAGUUUCUUGAAUAGAUUUGUAUCAACCAAUAAAAUUAUCAAUACUGUAAAAUCACAAUUAAGUUAAACGCGCCGGUCGAUAUUAAAAUUUACAGUUAAACGAAUUAAAGAGUAUAUUUGUUUAUGGAAUCCAGCGUGUGAUCGAUGUAUCAACGCCGAGUCAGCUGCAUCGCGUUACAUCACUGGUGUAUAUCUAUAGUGUAAUAUGUACUGAAAAAAAUGGUAAUGCGUAUGCGCGUGACAAUUCGGUCAAGGGUAUCUUAGAGGUAAAUAUCCUAACCUACGAGAUUUAUAUAAUGAGCUUUCAUGAGAUUUCUAUGGGCUAGCAAGAAAAAUUGAUGAAUUCUUUUACAAUAGUUUUUAUAAAGUAGAGAUCAUUUUGUAAAUGCGUUUACAGACCAGAGUAAGAAUUUUUGAUUAGGUUUGAUAUUAAAGUCUAUGAAAUUUUCGCAUGAAAUCAGUCGAUAAUAGUCAAUACAGAGUGGAGUAAAAAAGAACAAUUGCAGCAUCUCCCAGUAAUCCUUGCAUCGGUUGUAUGAAAUAACAAAAUAAUAAGACGAUCCACUUUCUCCGCGCAAAGUGUUAAUUAAGUGCAACGAUAUCGACUGAUUAAAUGGAAAAAAAAACGGUAUCUACCUAUUCAGAGCAUGACAGAACGAACGAUGAGCAGAAUGUACGAAUGCUAAAAUAAAAGAAGAAAAGAAACAGUAAGAGGAAAGGAAAAAGGAAAUGAUAAGCGGUAUAUACAUACAUAGAAGAGGCGUAUAGAACCACGGCGGGUGCAACGUGACCGAUGAACCACGUGAUCGAGUUGGCCAAUUGCAAGGUACGCGGGGACGCUGUCACGUUGCAUUCGGCGUGGCUCCGCGUCCCCUUGCUCUUACAGCAUAUCUCUCCUUCUCUAUGUCUACUGGACAAGUUGUACGUUGUACGUUGGCAUAUGCGAGCAACUGUUUCUUGUGCGCGUUUCGCAUCCAUGUUCGUUCGUUCGUUCGUUGCAAAUUACUUUUACGUCCGUUCUCCCGGAAAGCUGGAAAAAUUCCAUUAUCCGAAACAAGUAUCGAAUUUCACCGGUCGCAACAAUCGCCGCCGAUCUUACCAAUGAGUUACUAUUAUCUUUGCAUGAUCAUUCAAUCAUCUAAACGCGUGGAAUGUUAAACCGAAUGUGUAUGCUGUUUUUUCUAGUUCUGAUAAGUUUGUCCAGUGCGUCGUUUAACUAACGUUCAACGAUAUCGCGAAUUCGGAUACAUUAAAAUGUCCGCGCAUCCACACGAUUUAGAUCAAGUUGAAGACCUAUCGUUGAAGAUGUGUGCUGUGACAAUUUGCACGUUGAACGAAGGAUGCCGGUAAUCAAUCGAUCACCGAAAUCAAUUUCAAGGAGAAUAGACAGUGGCUGCGAAAGAGGCUAAGCUCCGUCCACGAAACUUCACGUUCCGAGAAACAGACAAUAUACCCCGAUAUCGCCUACCGUGCUUUCUUCCUCUACCUUCUCUCCUGGGAUCGCUCUGUUUAAAGAACUUCUACGUAAUAGCUACUUCUAGCUACUACUAAAUGAUCGAAUGAUGCCGAAAGACAAAUAAGAUUAAAAGACGCUAGAGACGUAGCAAAAAAACAAAAGAAAGGACCAAUUGGAGAAGAUAAGGAAAAGCCAAACCUAUAGAAACUACGAAGAGAAUAGAUAGUGGCGCGCGAUAUAAAUCGAUCACGUUUGAGCGGCAGGAAUUCUUCCUUUCCAUAGACGGUAGAAAAUCUCGAUCGAGAGAAUAGUAAAUCGAUCGAUCUUGUUCUCGACUUUGAUGACGUAAAAACGAGGCGGAAUCGAUUUGUCAGGACGAUGAUACUCGAAGACUGAAGAUACUGUUCCAUCGAGGUGGUUAACUUAAAAAUUUACAAAGAAGUGCAUCCUUCGGAUUAUCUCUCUCCUAGGAGAGGAAUGACGGAAAAAGGAAAACAUAGGGAGGGAAAAGGAACGAAGGGAGGGCAAGAAAAUUAAAAAAAGAUGUUAAAGAAUGUUGCGUCUGUGUUCGUAUGCGUAUAUGUAUGUGCGUGUGCCCGCGCCCGCAUCUGUAUGUACGCGCGAGUGUGUGUGUACUCUGUGCCUGUGAAACAGUGACAAGAACACGCAGGGACAGAUACGAAGAGCAGAGGGAGAGCUGUUUAGUUGUUUAAAAAUGUGCUGCUUGUUUAAUAGAACACCGCUGUUAUUACCGAAAAUUUGAAAAGAUCGAGAGGAGAAAAGACGAAUUUGAAGAAAAUCGACCGACCUAGCAGGAGAAGGGAAAAUGACGGGUAGUCGUAGUAGCGAAAUAAAUCCGGAUGUGACGGUGCGUGGCGAGGGUGGAAAGCAUACGGUUCAUUGGUUUCGCAAAGGUCUCAGGCUUCACGAUAAUCCUUCGCUGAGGGAAGGUCUUACCGGAGCCACUACGUUUCGUUGCGUGUUCGUUUUGGAUCCAUGGUUCGCCGGAAGUACCAACGUUGGCAUCAAUAAGUGGAGGUUCUUGCUACAGUGUUUGGAAGAUCUCGACUGCUCCUUGCGAAAAUUGAACUCCAGACUAUUCGUGAUAAGAGGUCAGCCGGCGGACGCUCUGCCGAAAUUGUUCAAGGAAUGGGGUACCACGAAUUUGACCUUCGAGGAAGAUCCAGAGCCAUUCGGACGCGUGCGAGACCACAACAUCUCGGCACUCUGCAAGGAGCUUGGUAUCUCGGUGGUCCAAAAGGUCUCGCAUACUCUUUACAAGUUGGACGAGAUCAUCGAGAGGAACGGAGGGAAGCCACCGUUGACUUAUCAUCAAUUUCAAAAUGUGGUUGCCAGUAUGGAUCCUCCAGAACCAUCGGUGCCGACUGUCACUUCUGCUUGCAUAGGUUCGGCCUACACCCCUCUGAAAGAGGACCACGAUGAUCAUUACGGUGUUCCAACGCUCGAAGAACUUGGCUUCGACACGGAGGGUCUUCUUCCGCCUGUAUGGGUUGGAGGCGAAAGCGAGGCUCUGGCACGGUUGGAGCGUCAUCUAGAAAGGAAGGCCUGGGUGGCUAGUUUCGGGAGACCGAAAAUGACCCCGCAAUCAUUGUUGCCCAGUCAAACCGGUCUUUCGCCUUAUUUACGAUUCGGAUGCUUGAGUACCCGGCUAUUUUAUUAUCAGCUCACUGACCUCUAUAAGAAGAUAAAGAAAGCCGUACCACCGCUUUCGUUGCACGGGCAACUUUUAUGGCGUGAAUUUUUUUACUGCGCUGCUACGAAGAACCCAAAUUUCGAUCGGAUGCAGGGUAAUCCAAUUUGCGUGCAAAUCCCUUGGGACAAGAAUGUCGAAGCACUUGCCAAGUGGGCAAACGGCCAAACGGGAUUUCCCUGGAUCGAUGCGAUCAUGACACAACUAAGAGAAGAAGGUUGGAUACAUCACUUGGCUAGACACGCGGUCGCCUGUUUCUUAACCAGAGGCGACCUUUGGAUCUCCUGGGAAGAAGGAAUGAAGGUGUUCGACGAGUUGUUGCUAGAUGCUGAUUGGUCGGUGAACGCGGGAAUGUGGAUGUGGUUAUCGUGCAGUUCUUUCUUCCAACAAUUCUUCCACUGCUAUUGCCCGGUGAGAUUCGGCAGAAAAGCUGAUCCGAAUGGCGAUUACAUUAGGCGAUACUUGCCGAUCUUGAAAAAUUUUCCUACGAGAUAUAUUCAUGAACCGUGGAACGCACCACUUAGCGUGCAACGUGCAGCCAAAUGUAUUAUUGGCAAAGACUAUUCAUUACCGAUGGUGAAUCACAGCAAGAGCUCCAGGAUCAACAUCGAGAGAAUGAAGCAAGUCUAUCAGCAAUUAAACAAAUAUCGUGGAAACGGCGCCUCCCUUAAAGGAGAAACAGUUGGUUUAUUGAAUGCACUACCGCCUCCAUCGGUAAAAGAGAACGAGGAAGAGAAGAAGAAGACGAAGCAAUCUCCGCCUCCCCCGGAGAAUCAAUCCAAGAUGGAAGCUCUUGCCAAGACAACGCAACAUCAGCAACAGCACCAUCAACAUCAAUAACGACGACUACACUGACGUCGUCGAAGCAAUUAGGCGAUAAUCCGAAGAAACGAAAUUUUGAUUAUUUCCUAUUUCUACUUAAUUCACACUUAUUUAUUUGCCGUCAUUACGUCGAUGCUGGAAUCAUCUUAAUUGUAAUUCAUCGUAACGCGUGUAAUCGUUAAUAGUUUGAAAAAGUUAUUUGCAGUGAAAGCAAAGCCAUCCAUCGUGUCUGUUCAAAUGUUCGUUUGUAUUUAGAAGUAUGUUUCGAAACAAGAAACGUAAAACUUGAACGUUAUGGCAAGAAAAAUGACGAUGAGACGAAUUUUAUAAUUCCAAUCGUUGUACAUAAUACAUCCAUUAUACGUCGUAAAUAAAAAUUUUUCAUGCAAACUUGUUUGAUAAUAAUUGCUUCUGAUUGUGCAAUCAGCUAUACCGAUCCCUGCCACUCUUUUUUUCUAUACAUUAAACUAAAACCAUCGUAUACAUUAGCCACAAUUUAUCGUACAAAAGAACGAUAUCCUACUUACCGCGUCAUAAAGUUUCAUCGUUACUUACUAGGCGGGAAAAGGUGAUAAAGGAAAUUAAAAGAAAGUAAAAAAUGAAACAAACGAUAUGUCGACCGAUAAUACGAUCAAAUGGGGAGAAUUCGUUAAAAAAAUAUGCACAAGCGUUACUCUGAACACCAACAAUUUACUCGUUUCGAACAUUUAUCCCUCAAGGUAUGUUCUUUGAUAGGGACAAGUGUUGAGAAAGGAGUUUAGUAUUGCCGAGCCUGAACCUCGAUGAGACGAAGACUCGACGAGGUAUCUAAUUGACGUAUUUCUUGUUUUCGAUCGAAUCGCAGACCGAUUCGUCUAGAAAGUAGAGAAUCGCGUUUCUUACCUAAUAAUCCUUAACACGGAACAACGUAUCGUUCUCUUUUUCGCUUAUAACUUUCGUCGUUGCUAAAGACGUUUACAUCGAUGCAAUGCGCGCGUAUGUGUAUUUGUACUCACGCCGAUCGUUCGCACGGCAUCGUGCCAGGAAUAAUUUACAUUAGUGGGAUCAUUUUUUUAUUUUUUCAUGUCAACAAAUGAUAUAUUUUUAGUGCCUAUAGUACUUAUAGUUUUACAGUACAUUUCUCGUUAGAUUUAAACAAUUACAAAUGAACAUUCUUCAACACUCAAAGACGGAACUCUAAUGUUUCUCUUUUGCAAAGUUCCUUUCUCUCUGCUGCUCGCACGCCCAUACAUACGCAUAUGCAUACCACGCGCACGAUCUUCUCUCACUUGCAUUCGUAUUUACCUCAUCUUCCUCUCUUUUCUUUCUUUUGUUCCUUCGUUCGUGCGUUCGCUCUUAAAUUACAGAUUUAUUCAUCUUAUAGGGCUGUUAGUUCUUCGUGUUGCGCAUUUCUUGUGUAUUUUAUAAAUGCUUAUAUGUCUCGUAGUAUAUUCCCCGUGCAGCACAAGAAUCAGAAACUUGCAAAUUUCUAUGACCACGUUAAUAAGUCUCCAAAAUGCGUAGCGUUACCAGGAUCGGCUAUUAUCGGGUUAACGCGUUCUUUUCCUAUAUAUAUAUAAUAUAUAUAUAGUGUAUAUAUAGUAUAUAUAUAGUAUAUAUAUAGUAUACUAUAUAUAUAUAUACACCGUAAGUAUCGUAAGAUACGUUUCUUAACGCCGGUUUUUUCUUUCCUGUGAUCUACAAAGCAGCGAUUUGGCUGCUUACUCUGUUUCCUAUUGACAUUCGAUCAGAAUUAAAAACGUAGCUUCGCGUUUGAAAGUCGAAUUCUGGAAGUUUGAGCAACCGACGAACAAGCAGUGAUUUGUUGCGAGAAUUGCUAGGUAGUAAACGAAGAGAUCGAAGAAAGAAAGAAAAGGCGAUAAAGAUUACGAAAGGAAGCUUCGUGAUCUCGUUUCGCUCAUGGACUAAGACGGCAGCUUUAAUUUUCCCGUUACCUGUGCGCUUUGUACUUGUAUUUUCGAUGCAACUUCCUUUCUAUUUAUUUCUCAUACACGCACGCACACUCACCCGCACGUACAUCUCAAGAUCGUGCGUUAUAGCCAAGGAAGAGCUAUACACCAAAGUGAAAGUCCUUCCUAGAUAAAGAUUUGUCUUCGUUUCACGAAAGCAAUAAAAAUCUGCACGAUUUUCUCACUGGUAUAAAGCAACGCUGCGCUAGCAAACGUAAACGAACGUCGAGGUUUCGCCGACAACGUUCUUUCUACGUCGAGAGAACAAACUUUAAGAGAGUUAGUCGAUAAAUCAGAGGUUAGAGAUAUCGCUUUGAUCGUAUCGCCGAAUUCGAUGAGUCGACGAUCUUUGAGCUGUUAUCGUGCGAGGAAAAUGGCGUCGAUACAUUUUAACAUUUCGUCGUAAAAUAAUCGGAGAAAAGAAGAUCGAGUUUUAGGAAAAAUUCCAUUAGACUUGACGGAAGAAAGUUGAUCGAAUCUCGAUUUUUGUGCUCGUCUUGGAAUGGUACAGUCCAACGUGGCACGUGUUUGCCUGCACGAAUGUAUAGUGUGUAGGUCACGUGUACGGGGAAGCUAUUACCAGUAGUAGACUCUAGAAACUAGAUCAAAUCAAUAACCUAAUUAGUUAACGGAUAAUUGAUCGCAUUUCAAUGGUCGCUGUUUCGUGGGGCAAAUAUUUGAAAAAGGACGUUGCAAUCCGAUAUCUUGAGAUCUCGGGGUAAAUUAUCGCGUAGGCUGACGAAUGGGCUCGAAACAACCAUAUUUUUGAUAAUUAAAUCGUAUCGCAUACGUGGUAUACGUGUACGUGUACGUGUACUUGCACGUGAUUUUCAUCGUACGUAGGUGGCCGCACAACGAUCGCGAAUACCGAAAAUAGGCAAAUAUACUCAAAGAUGCUUGUUACUCGGUUUGCGCCGAGUCGUCGUUUCAGAGGUUAUGUCGACUAUCGCGAUUUCGUAGAUUCGUUUUAUUUCCGCGACGCAUUUUGAAGAAACACACGCCAGAUCGAAUAUACAUGCACAAGUCCAUGCAUGCACGGCCAUUUGCGCCCGCAAUUUGUCUAAUUCUUUCUAUUUCUUCCUCCACUUCGAGAAUACAUUCGAUUCUUAUCCGUCGUUGAAUUUCACGUUGCUUCCUUUUCCCCUUCGCCAAAUUCUUUUCUUUUCCCACUUGUUCAUUUACACACACGCUCUCAAACGUACUUUCUCACACACACGUUUAUCUCACAUUUUCAUUCUUCUUCACUUUUGUAUGUUAGUCACUCUUUCGUUCGUUUAACUCGGCUUGAUUCGCGUACAACGUAAGUACGCGUUAUUGAAGUAGACUUCGAUAAUUAUUUUCGGAAUUAAAUGUAAUCCACUUUUCGGUACAAUUAGUGCGGUUAACUAAUCUAUACUAUUAACUAUGUUCACAAUGAUCGCUACAAUUACUCAUAGUUCAUAGUAUAAAUGUCGACAGCUUACGAUACGUACGCUACGCUAACAUCGGAUUUAAAGUGGUAGUUUUGAGUGCGACACGCUAUCGGAAAUCUCAUUUUCCUCCAUCGAACAUGUCGUCCGUUCGACGAUUCUCUCCUCUGGUAUCGUGGCCGAUACGCGCAUUCACGAUCGGCGCGCGUCCUGUUUUCCUCUCUUUCCUUCGCUUCGUUUCAUUUCAUUUCGUUUCGUUUCAUUUUGUUGUUUUCGUAAGGCAAGAGCAGAAAACAAAGUCAAAGAGAAAGACAAAGAAUUUCGCGAGUACCGAUACUCGUAUAAUAAAAGCGACGCGUUCUUCUCACCGUUUCCUCGUUUUCCUUUUCUCUUUCCGUGUUCGCCCUUCCUUUUCCAUUUUCCUCCUUCCUCUCCCUCUCUUUUUUUUUCUUUUUUUUUUUUAUCACCGAUCUCCUCUGUUUUCCAUCUCGCUUCCCGCCCUUUCGUAUUCUCUAUCUUCGUAUGCGACAAGCGACGUUUAAUAAUCCUACAUAAAACUAUGCGUUAAUACGCCUAUUUAAUUGCGGGCACGAGGGGUUAAGUAUAUAUUUACGUUACGCGCUUAAAUACAACUGCUAAUUAGUUUUACAAUACGUUCAACAUUUUUGUCCUCCUGAUUUCUCUAAGUACCGUUAUCUUUUUCUUUUUUUUUUUGGUUAACAACAA